AUUUUUAUUGGAGGGUGCUGCAGUUUGCGAACGUUUUUCGCGCGGUUUUUUUGUGCGAACGGUAGAUUCAGGCUUGAAAGCUUUCAGCCGCUUCAGUGCACUCCCACAACGUUAUAACGUUGUUGGACAAGUUUUGUUACGUUAGAAACUUUAUUGUUAUGGCAGAGCCCAUGGAUAUCGACGCGGAAGACAGUCAGAAAAAGAGGGACUGCAUUCCCUGGGUUGAAAAGUACAGGCCCGUGAAGUUCACCGAAAUCGUAGGCAAUGAAGAGACUAUCGCACGGUUGGAAGUUUUCUCACGCGAAGGCAACGUACCCAACGUAAUUUUGUCUGGUCCUCCCGGUGUGGGCAAAACGACAACAAUCCUCUGCCUGGCGCGGAUCCUUCUCGGUCCUGCAUUUCGUGAGGCCGUUCUGGAGCUUAACGCAUCAAACGAUCGAGGUAUCGACGUUGUCCGAAAUAAGAUCAAGAUGUUUGCUCAGAAAAAAGUGACGCUGCCACCAGGAAAGCACAAGAUAAUUAUUCUUGAUGAAGCAGACAGCAUGACGGAGGGAGCGCAGCAAGCCUUGCGUCGCACAAUGGAGAUUUAUUCAAAAACCACGCGGUUUGCUUUUGCUUGCAAUACGUCGGACAAAAUCAUCGAGCCAAUUCAAUCCAGAUGCGCUGUUGUUCGUUUCAGUCGUUUGACGGAUGCGCAAGUGCUGGCAAAACUGCUGGAUAUAUGUCAGCGUGAGAAUGCGAGCUACUCAGAAGAUGGUUUGGAAGCUCUUGUGUUCACUGCCCAGGGUGACAUGCGCCAGGCAAUCAACAACCUCCAGUCUACGGUGGUGGGUUUUGGACACGUAAACAGCCAGAAUGUCUUCAAGGUAUGUGACGAACCCCAUCCAGAACAAAUAAAAGACAUGCUGCAGUACUGCGUGGACGGUCAGCUGGACAAUGCGUACAAGAUCAUGUUGCAUAUGUGGAAACUUGGCUAUGCCGCCGAGGACAUCAUUGUGAACGUAUUCCGCGUCUGCAAGAGCCACGACAUACGAGAAGACAUUAAACUAGAAUUCAUCAAGGAAAUAGGGUACACACAGAUGAGAACAUUGCAAGGUGUGCACUCCUUGCUUCAGAUGGCUGGCCUGCUUGCCCGACUGUGCUUGAAGAGUCGUCAGUGUAAAUCAGACUGAAUCUUCGGCGCUGUUAAUUUCAUUUUAUUGCUCAGCAAGUACAGCAUUAUAUAUAUGCUCAGUUAUGAAUUUUUGCUGUGGCAUGCAGUGCAUGUGGCUGGGAAGUCUGUAAUCAUGCUCCUCGCACUAAAGUUAUGGAACCACUGAAUAAAUUGCCAUUCCCAAA